CAGUUGAAAAAGAGAAGCGAUCUGGUCAAUACAAUAUUAAAUAUUCAGCUACAAACAAGAGUAGACACAAUGGAUGAAUUUAGGCGAGGAUCAUCCACGAUUCGAAAUCCCAUACUCUUUUGGAGUCUUUUCGCAUUAUGUGUCGUAUUUUUAAUUGGAGCAGGUGUAUAUACCUAUUUUUGGAGGAAGAAAAAACAAGCUUUAUAUUCAAAUCCUAUUGUUGUAUCAUCGCACACUCACGAACCGAUUGGAAAUCAACAAACAACACACCAAGUACCGAUACAAAUAAAUAGAAAUGACACAGUUGAUGUAAAUUCAAAAGCAGAUAGUCAAAUGCCUUCGUUUCAACAAAAUGCUGCUAUACCAAUGCCAAUGCCAAUUCCGAUGCCCCAAAUGAAUUUUCAGAAUUUGCAACAUACUGGAAAUUCAGGUACAGCACCAUAUCCCACCAUGGGUUCAUAUAAUCCUCCAUAUCCAAUUUAUCCACAACAAAAUAUGGGGAAUGUUAGCUCAGAAGAAUCAUCUCAGUCACAUGGAAACGCUAACAGUUCAUCUCAUCCACAAGUCAUAGGUUGGAAUUCAAGGGGAACACAGUCAGAAUUAAAUUCUAAGGUAAGUUAAAAGAGACAAGGAAGCCAUCAGAAUAUCAAAAAUUGUAUAAAUUAAAAAAAAUUAAAGAAAAGAAACUCUUCUUUUUUUUUGAGGAAAUUUUUUAAAUCUUUUGGUGGUGAUUAGAUAUCGAGGAUGUGUAGAUAAGAUUACAAUUGAAACAUUUAAAAGAAAAAAGAAAUUGUUAUCACCAUCAAAAAUAUCCGCUAUCAUUUAUUAUUGUCAGACUAAGUAGAUUUUAUAAGUGAAAGAAUAAAACUAUGAAAUACGUUUUGACCAACCAA